AUGUACAGCCGCAACGACCCGCGUCUCCGGCGGACUCUCAAUCAGCUGUCGCAGAACCUUGAGUCCGCAAACGAAACCGCCCAGGUCAACCUCUUUACCUUUUCGCGGAGAUACGUAAACCCUUGCUUCUCAUCGCUAGGGAACUGCUUCCACGCCUGCACCACGCCAUGUUUUCCCACACGCGAAGAACGAUUGCGCCGACAACGAGGCCGAUCGCGCGGCAGGGCUGAACAAAGUUUCGACUUCUAUGACGAUUGGGACGAGGACGAGAACGAAGGCCUGCUAGGCUGGGCAAAUGAGGGCAAUGACGAGCUGGACAGGCUGCUUGCUGGAACUGGCGGAUCCGCGCAGCCCGGCCGACAGCGAGCAAUGAGCUACGGCGCGCGAAGAGGGCGAAGGAAGAGCGCCGGCCCGCCGCACGAUGGGGAAGCGGAUCCGACCGUGAUUCCGAGUCAGUCCUACUUCGGCUUCUUGGGCAGGCUACCAUGGAAGAUUGGGGGCAAGGGAUUACGGUAUAAGCCUUCAGCGGCGGAUUUACAAGAGCACCCUGGCACAACACAGCGGACUGAGCUAGAGAAUCAGCCACUGACAGAGGAGGACGAGGAGGAAGAGCGCUUUGCCAGAACGCACAAACGAGUCAGAAGCCAGACGACGGGUUCGGGACACACUACAGAUUCUCUUAGUUCACGGGGUGACAUCUUCCCGAGCGAAGACGAGCUGGAUGACGCCAUUCCACUGGACGACGAAUUUGCGACGGUGCUCGAGCGGCGAACAACCGGUCUCGGGUCAGAUGAGAAUAGCAGUGGGAAAACACGCUCGGGCAAGAGACCGUCAGGCUCUCGUCCUUCAACGAGGACGCCAUCGUCGAGAAGCGCUCAAUCAGGACAGACGCCAGCCCCAAAGAUCACCCGAGGAAAUUCAGGUAUUGAGGAGGUUCCCACGCUGUCAGAGUUGAAGCAGGAGGAAGAGAGGGCACAGCGAGAAGAGGAACAAGAUGUAGAGCGAAAGCGUGAUGCGGCACGCAGGCUUGCCCUGGAGCGCGGGUUAAGCACCACUCGGCAAGCAGACUCACAUCCGCCUUCCGUGGAAAGCAAAGAAGAAACGGCAGAGGUCACCCCGCCUGUUGCUACCGUGCAAGUAGAAGAUCCGCAAACUCCAACCCCGCCAAGGACGGUUGCUCAAUCUGCUUCAGGACCGAUACCAUUUCCUGCUUUCGAUCCGUCGGCAACACCAGACAUCUCUCCAGACGUAGCUGAAGAUGAGACCAGCUCGCUACGAUCAGAGACGCCGGCUGAAACAUCGCACCCGCCGGCUUUCGUACCCGCUCAGCUACCAAGUUUCGCCGCCAAACCAGACUGA